UCUGGGCGUGUCGAUAGUCUGCCGCUACCUCGCUCCCUCUCCCUACACAAACUACAGCGCAAAGUCAUGCCAGUUCCUAGUUAAACCUGAGCAACGAGUGGUGUAGUCAUACACAGGAAUCUGCUACGGUGACCGGCUGUCUGUUGUACGACUUUGUUUCAUCCCGCCAUAUGGAUACUCAGAACACCAAAGCAAAGUUGCUGCUCAACCAUGCUACGACUCUGAAUUUGCACACGGGGAAUUUGGUGAACCGAAGCCGCCUGAAGAAAAAAUGCCCUUCCUCACCUAGUGAGGAGCUUCAAGACUGUAUUCGAGCCACGCUCAGUGAAUGGUCCACCACAACAGCUUCAACUGCAGGAAAGGAACUACCCAGUACACUUGACUGUUGCAUUGCUCAAGCUACAGAUGAAAUCACACCUGAAGAGCGAGAGGAGCUGAAGGUUUCAGUGAAGGUCUUCCUCAGUGGAUCAGACUGCUCUUCCAUCAGAAAUGCAGUAGAUCUGGCUUGUCUGUCCCUGGGUGUGUCCCAGCUGGACUCAGUGAUAAUUGCACCCCCUCCGCUGCCUGAAGGAGAGACUCUGACACUAGAGCACCUGCAGCCCCUAUGGACAGAGCUGGAAAGCCUAGUACAGAGCCUCAAGAUUGCUGCCAUUGGCACCUCUGAUCUGGACAAGUCUCUUCUGGAGCAGCUCUACAACUGGGCUCAGGUGAAACCCAGCAGUAACCAGGUUAAUCUGGCCUCCUGCUGUGUGAUGCCACCUGACUUGACUGCAUUUGCCAAAGAGUUUGACAUCCAGCUGCUCACUCACAACGACCCAAAAGAACUGAUUUCAUCCACAAGUUUCCAGGAGGCAGUGCAGGAGAGCACUCAGGACCAGCAGGUGGCGGACUGGAGUCUGGAGUGGGUUCUGCGCUACUCUGUUAUAGUAAAAAGUAGAGGGAUCAUCAAAUCAAAGGGCUACCUUGUUCAGGCCAAAAGGAGAAACCUGUAGCAUCUUCACUGGAAGUCUGCUCUCAGUGUGUUACCCAUGACCAGUGAAUCCAGAUGAAUAUUUAACCUAUCCUCUUCAACUGCCGUGGGGGCAUUGUUCAUGGUCUGGCAGAGACGGCGGUAUCUUAAUAAUGCUAGGAAGCAUGAUUAAAAGCCCACAUCAAAAUGUGAAGUGCCUCUCUUUGUCUUGACAGUUUUGCUUGUACACUUCUACUUUGUUUCUGUUUCUUGUUUCAUUUGACCUUUAUAGCUAAAAGUUAUUACUCCUAUGAAGCAUGAAUUCAUAAAGUUGUUGCAGACCAAGUCAUGUCUAUAUGUUUGCAAUGUAACAUUUGUUAUAAUUGUUAGACAUAAUUACUUGGGAGCGUUUUUUUUUUUCCUAAAAAGGAGGACAGCCACAGAUUCAUGUAGAUAAAUUAGUAAUUCAUGUCUUCUCAUGUAAUAGAUGAGAAAAUUUGAAUGGAACAGGGGUUAAGGCAGAAGUGUACUUUUGAUAGGCUGUUAUUUAUAGUCAUUGAGGUCUGCAGUAUUGUUAUCGGGGCCAAGUCCAAAACUGUGUUAACUCAGCCUUGGGUUGCCUUGGAGAGAGUCACAGUUUACUGACGCACCCACUACUAUGCAGGUAACCAGGCAACAGGCUGACCCUUCUCAGAACUUUUGGAGGGCCAAGUGAGUUUCAGAGGUUCAUGUUCAGUAAUAUUUACUCAUUUUUAAUAUAAUUUAUUUAAUUUUUUAACAGUCAAAAAUGUAAUGACCCCUCAUUAAUGUAUUUUUUUAAUCUGACAUGUCUUGAGAGUUCAUUUGGACUUAUACUGUCCCUUGUCCUGACUAGUCAUUUCAGAUUCUGAUGUGAGAACAGCCCUUUAUAAUAUGCUCUCCUCUUCACCAGAAAUGCUAAUAUAAAAAAUAUAAUAUUAUGUCAUGAAAAUCAUGUGAUAUGGACUGCAGUGUACAUGCAUGGGUCUUGGCAAAGCCACAUGUCUCCUAAAUGAUUGUAAAUAUAGUAGCUGACAAAUUCUAAACUGGAUGAAGACUAAUCACAAACUUGUAAUCAGGUUGUGGUCUAUUUGAAAUUUUGCCUUUAUUAUUUAUUCACCAUGGAUAAAAUGUCAGGAAGGGCAUGUCAUUUCUGAAAGGUAAAUCUAUCCUCAGUACUGUAAAGUUAAUAUAUGAAUUGUACCCCUUAUCUGUAUAUCAAGUUUUUGAAUGGUGUUAUUAAAUGGGGAAAGAAGUGGACUGCUUGUGCUCCUUAA